UGGGAUUUCAGCACUUGAAGUCUUCCGAUAACUGUUACCUUGGGUCUUUUGGAAGCUUCGAUAAGGACCAGCAGUACCUGAAACCUCGGGAUAUUUCAAAAGCUCAAAUCACAUCAUUUGCAGAGUCCACAUGCAUGUAUACCUCAUACUUAGGUCCUAGAUACAUAAGCUAGCCACCUCUUCGCUGGUCCAGCUCGACACAAUGUUGACUACAGCGCCUUACCUGCGCAUCCGGCGCCCGUCCCCCACAACAGCCGAGUUCAUCGUGUCGACCCUCCCGCCGCAGACCCUACCGGUACGCCUCGCCCUCGGCGCCGUGUACUUCGUGCGUCUGUUACUCGCUCUCGCCGUCCUGCUCAUGAUGUACGCCGCCCAGAGCUCGUACUACUCGACAACGCCCCUCCAGCCCCUGCUACUAUCGUCAACGAAACCGUUAGCAGCGGAUCUACAGUCCAACUCUUCCGCAUCAGCUGCUGCCGUUGCCGUUACCGCCGCCUCCUCCAUCUCCUCACUUAGCCCUGCCGAUAUCCUCGCCACCACGCCCAUCUUCUCCCUCGCCUUCGUCCAGCAGAUCCUGCACAUGCUCCUCUCCUCGCGCCCCGGCUCCCUCCUCUCCAACCUCGCGACCUCCGCGCCCCCCUGGGUCCUACUCCCCAGCUCGCUCGCGGCGCUGUACCUCCUCUCGCGGCGCAUCGGCGCGGAGGAGCGGCUGCUGGUGCUCCGCGGGCUGGGCGUGCAGACGAGCUCGACGGGCGGCACGGUGUUCUCGCCGCUGCAGACGCGCUUCAUCCCCACCGAGAAGAUCCGCGACGUCCUGAUCAACGAGGCCUUCCGCGCCUUCGAGGUCCGCCACUACCUGGUGGUCGCCGUCGAGGCCGAGGAGCACCUCGUCGUCGUCUUCCCCCGCCUGCUCCCGAGGCCCCGCGUCGUCGAGAAGGUCUGGAAGGGCGCGAGGGGGUGUCUCUACGGCCGGGACGGCGAGGACGACAAGGACGCCGGAGGACCGGAGCGGAUGAGACUACAUAACGAGGACACCGACGGCGCGGCCUAGGAAAGUGCUGCGCCGCCUCCGCUCGAGUUGUCGCUGCUGUGUCGUAGACGAGAAUGGAGACUUAGGAGCUCGUAUAUACUGGUUUAGAACGGUUUUUUAUUCUUGCUUGGCGUAUGGUUUGUGAUG